GGCCCCGCCCCCAGGCGCCCCGCCUGUCCUGACCUGGGCAGCGCCCCCUGGUCCCGGCGGGGCGGGCCCCAGGCUGCGCUUUCCCAGCCAGCUGGGCAGCUGUGCUUGUCCAGGCUCUGCGCCACUGGGCCCGGCCGGGGGUGAGUGCAGUCCGGCCCAGGCGGGUUUCGGGAUUCGCCGAUGCCUUUUCUUCUUUUGGAAGCGUCAAGAAAAUCGACAGUCUCCACGGGGAAGAGUCAAGUUCAAGUGCAAGGUCAGCGAGCGCCAGUGGCCUCGGCGCUGCCUCCUUAGCUGGUCGGUGGGAGUGUCAGGAGCUGCAGACGCAGACGGCCACUGAACACCUGUAGAGGGCUGGGUGCGGAGUGUGGGUCAAAGCCCCCGGGCAUUCGCCGUGGCGCAGGACACCCGCGUCUGCGAGUGCAGCCUCGGUAAACCACCCGCCGGGCAAGUGCAUGGACCGGGACCGGCGCCGGAGCGAGCUGAGUGACCCGCAAGCCUUCUUUUAAAAGAAAAAAAUGCUACAGAAGCUGCAUUCAUUUGAAGAUUCUCUGAGGAACAACAGCAGCCCCUCGGGAUAGCUACCACAUCAUGCACCAAGACAAAGAACCUAUUGGAAACCUGCGUUUUGUUUGCAUCGUGACCUUAAUCAUGGGAACCAUAAUUCAGCUGUCUGAGGAACGUGAAUUUGCGGUAGACAUGUCAGAAAAAGGUCUUACUCAUGUUCCAAAAGACCUGCCACCAAAAACCAGAGCCUUAGAUGUAUCUCACAACUACAUAUCAGAGCUUCAGGCCUCUGACAUCAGCUUUCUGUCAAGGCUGAAAAUGUUGAAACUUUCCCACAACCGACUCCAGCGACUGGAUUUUAGCAUUUUCAGGUUCAACCAGGAUUUGGAAUAUUUGGACUUAUCUCACAAUCGGCUGCGGGAGCUAACCUGCCAUCCUGUUGUGAGUUUCAAGCACUUGGACCUGUCAUUCAAUGACUUCGAUGUCCCACCCAUCUGCAAAGAAUUUGGCAACUGGACACAGCUGAAUUUCUUGGGCUUCAGUGCCACAAAGUUACAACAAUCAGAUCUGCUUCCAAUUGUUCACCUGCAGCUGAACUACCUCCUUCUGGACUUAGGACGGUAUCAUGUGAAAGAAAGUGAGACAGAAAGUCUUCAAAUUCUGAACACAAAAACACUUCACCUUGUUUUUUGCCCAGAUAAUUUAUUCUCUGUCCAAGUGAAAAUAGCAGUGAAUACUUUAGGGUGCUUACAACUGACCAAUAUUAAAUUGAACGAUAAGAACUGUCAAAUUUUAAUUAAAUUUUUAUCAGAACUCACCAGAGGGCCAACCUUAUUGAAUUUUACCCUCAAUCACAUGGAAACAACUUGGAGAUGCUUGGUUAGAGUUUUUCAAUACCUUUGGCCCAAGCCCGUGGAAUAUCUCAAUAUUUACAACUUAACAAUAAUAGAAAAAAUCAGCAAAGAACAUUUUACUUAUUCUAGAACGGCACUGAAAGCUUUGAAAAUAGAACAUAUUACAAACCGAGUUUUUCUUUUUUCACAGGAAGCCUUGUACACGGUGUUUUCCGAGAUGAACAUCAGGAUGUUAACCAUAUCUGAUACACCUUUUGUACACAUGCUUUGUCCCCAGGCACCAAGCACAUUCCAGUUCUUGAACUUUACCCAGAAUGUCUUCACAGAUAGUAUUUUUCAAAAAUGUUCCACUUUGGUUAGACUGGAGACGCUUAUCUUACAAAAGAAUGGGCUAAAAGAUCUCAUCAAAGUAGGUCUCAUGACUAAGGAUAUGCCGUCUCUGGAAACACUGGAUGUUAGCAGGAAUUCUUUAGGAUCUGGGAGACAUGAGGAAAACUGCACUUGGGCUGGGAGUAUACAGGUGUUAAAUUUGUCUUCCAAUGCACUUACGGACUCUGUUUUCAGAUGUUUACCUCCCAAGGUCAAGGUGCUUGAUCUCCACAAUAACAGAAUAACGGCCAUUCCUAAAGAUGUCACCCACCUGGAGGCUUUGCAAGAACUCAAUGUUGCUCUCAACUCCCUCGUGGACCUCCCUGGGUGUGGCCCCUUCAGCAGCCUCUCUCUGCUGAUCAUUGAGCACAACGCAGUGUCCCAUCCAUCAGCUCAUUUCUUCCAGAGCUGCCAGAAGAUUACGUCAAUAAAAGCGGGAAGCAAUCCAUUCCACUGUACAUGCGAGCUAAGAGAGUUCAUCAAAAGUAUGGGCCAGCUAUCGAGUGAGGUGGCGGAGGGCUGGCCUGAUUCCUAUAAGUGUGCCUACCCAGAAGGCUACAAGGGAACCCUGCUCAAGGACUUUCAUGUAUCUCAGUUAUCCUGCAACAUAGCCCUGCUGAUGGUCACCAUUGGGGCCACCGUGCUGUUGGUGGCUGCUUCCGUGACCUGCCUCUGCGUCUACCUGGACGUGCCCUGGUAUCUGAGGAUGGUGUGUCAGUGGACCCAGGCCCGGCACAGGGCUCGGAACAUCCCCCUAGUGGAACUCCAAAGAAAUCUCCAGUUCCAUGCUUUUAUUUCAUACAGUGAGCAUGAUUCUGCGUGGGUGAAGAGUGAAUUAGUACCCAACCUAGAAAAAGAAGAUAUCCGGGUUUGCCUCCAUGAGAGAGACUUUGUUCCUGGCAAGAGCAUUGUGGAAAACAUCAUAAACUGCAUUGAGAAGAGUUACAAGUCCAUCUUUGUCUUGUCUCCCAACUUUGUCCAGAGUGAGUGGUGCCAUUAUGAGCUCUACUUUGCUCACCACAAUCUCUUCCAUAAAGGAUCCAAUAACUUAAUCCUGAUCUUGCUGGAGCCCAUUCCACAGAGCAGCAUCCCCAGCAAGUUUCAUAAGCUGAGGGCUCUCAUGGCACAGCAGACUUAUCUGGAAUGGCCCACAGAGAAGAGCAAGCGGGGACUUUUUUGGGCUAACAUUAGAGCUGCUUUUAAUAUGAAAUUAACACAAGGCACUGAAAACAGUGAUGUGCAAACUUAAAACCAGGAAGUCUGACUUAAGAAACUCCCAUUUGCUAGGACUCUGAUAGACACUGUGGUUUGGCUACCGUCUGGACGUGUCUCCACUGUCCCCAUGCCUUCAGGAAUGCCUUAAUGAAAGCCUCGUUCAGCUGAGCUGGGGGGGCAAAGAUGGUGCCCAUUUUCCUGAUGAUCGAUACCUCAGUCUCUUCUGGUUUCAACAUUCCUUGUCACACUGAAACAGUAUUUUUUGAGUAAAUGUUCAGGCAGCUGGGACCUUUCCUCUCCCCUCUCUUUUCCUAAGCAGAUUCCUGGUAAGCAGGGGUAUAUGUGGCUUAUGGCACCAAGGAACCAGCCAACCUCAGAGAAGCCCACAUUGGUUAUUGCAGCCCCCUGUGGGUCCUCAUGGAUCUCAGGUGAGCUGUGCCAUCCUGUUCAUCACCAGGGCUUGCAAAAAAAAUUAUUCCAGUUACUGAAUGUAAGAAAGUGUUUUCAAACAUAUGUGCACUUGUUUAAUAUUUGACCCUGCUACACAAAUAUUUCAUUAACCUGUGAGGACUCAUGGCACAAUAAUGUGUGUAGAGUCAUCCGUUGAUAUCCAUGAGGAACUGGUUUCAGGACCCCUGUAGAUACCAAAUUCUGCAGAAGCUCAAUGUAACCUAUGCACAUCUCCCAGGAUUCUUUAAAUCAUCUCUAAAUUAUUUCUUAUACUCUUAUACGUGUGUAAUAUAAAUGCUAUGUACAUAAUUGUUAUACAGUAUUGCUCAGGGAAUAAAGACAAAUGUCUGUACAUGUUCAAUACAGAUGCAGUUUUCCCUAAACUA